AUGCGUCUGUCCCAGGACAGUGUAGGACGCAGUGAGCUGUUGCUGGCGAUCCAUCCCGCCUUUGUCGACGCCCUGCCAGCCGCAGACUCAGGAGCCUCCCUCCAGGACAACAACUGCAUCACUCUGCUGCGACACGAGAUCUCAAUGAUCGCAAUCAUCGUUGACAGCAAUUUUGCUGAAGAGGACCUCUCCGAAGAUGAUUUCUACGCUUGCGUUGACAGCCUCGACAGUAUCCUCAGCCAGUUUGAGAUCCUUGUCGACGCAUCGAUCUUGUCUGAGCCCAAUGAGGGCUGCAAGGACCGCAAUGAAGCAGACUUUCCUAGGCUUGUUGCUCUCAGAGACCAGAUCCUCCGAGGAGAGUCACAAUCCGGAUCUCGCUACAUCUCGUUCGGGAAAAGGCCAACACAGCGCAAUACAACCAUGAUUGCAAAUAGCGUCAACAAGACACUUUCAAGAGUCUUGUCAGGCAGCGCUGGAAGGAUAUGCGCUCCGAUUUCGCAGGACCUCAAAGACGGUGGCGAGCCAGAUAUUUCCGCGAUAUGCAAAGUAGAACAGCUCUCGUCAGACCUCGAAGGGCUUUUCGAACAAGUAAAGAAAACGAUAUGCUCCAAAGAUCCAAAGGGCCACAAUGUCCAUGUGCGUCUGUCCGAGUUUACCGAGAAAGAGCUCGAGAUGAUGAUUUCUAUCUGCGGAAACCAACGGCUAUGGCAGCAAGUUGAAUUUGGCAUGGGCCAUGCUCGAAAUGGCGGGACGCAAGAAAGAUCUAUCAGAGAGAUUUGCUCCGAGUUGACGAGAUCCUACCGCAUGAAAAAGAUUCUAUCAGUGCACUUUAACGGGGAGGGCUUAUCAAGAAGCUCAGUCUUGAAAGCGCGGUCCAAAGGACAAACAAUAGCACCUACGAGAAGCCUCAGAGAGAUUCUUCGAAACGAGGAAGAAUUACGACAGAAGAAACUGAGCCACUACAGGACGAUCAAAAAGAAGGAUAAGAGAAGACUAGGCAUGCUUCUUUCCACUUCUCUCAUACACUAUUACGGAAGCCCGUUACUGCGAAGCCCGUGGAGUGCCAGUACGAUUCAGGUUCGACUGCACCAGGACGUCACUCCCGGCCAAGGCUCAGUGCCUGAAGCAUACUUGAGCUGUGAAUUUGACUCCAAAUUGGAGGAGCUCGACAUCAUCGAAGAUCCGGUACCGGGAGACCCCUUUGUGUUGGCUCUAGCAGCACUUUUGAUUGAGCUUGAAUUGGAGAAAGAAGUCGCAGUCCUGGACGAAGAUAUCGACGACAUUACCGGGGAAAAAUCAUUAUACAUGGCAGUUACCCGAUUGCACGGAGACUUGGACCAGUACUUGGAGGAUAUGGAUCCAUUCCCGGACAUCAUAGACUCUUGUCUGCAAAUCUGCACCGAUCUUUGCGAGGUGGAUAGCGAGGACUAUUACCGCAGGCUUCGGACCGAGAUACUGAUCAAGGUAGUCUAUCCUCUGAACCAAAGAGAUCGGGUGCUUAGCAAGUCAUGGAAGCCUAUCCGAGCAUCAAGUACAGAGACACUUCGGGACAUUCCCCCUUACCAAAACCCCAUCCUUUUGAAUACCUCUAUCUCUGUAGAGAAAGAGUGUUGUGGGCUACCGGUGCGCAGCGAAAAGAUUGCCAGAGACGAAGGUGUUGUCAUGCAGCCCCUGUUACAGCCUCCGCGCCCAUCCAUGGAAAUGACCGAGCCGAUUCUUCUGGCAUCUAAUGGAAGCAUUGCAAACAGUGUCCAAUGGCUCAAACAAUUCGACCGCGUCAACAUGAGUCUGGAGAGUUUGAGAGGCACCUCGCAGAACGUGGAGAAUGUCAGGGUAGCUGUUCUCGAUACCGGCUGCGAUCUGGAUGCACCCUGCAUUGCAGGCAUACCUGGUGCUAUGGGACGAAUAUGUCAUCAUUGGCAUGAUUUUCAAGAUGGCUCCCCAGAACCUAUAGACGAGGAUGUAAAGCAGCAUGGAACGGCACUUACGGCUCUUUUACUUAGAGUCGCCUUGCAUGCUGACAUCUUUGUCGGACGUGUUGCAAAACACGAAAAGGGACUCUUUGAAUCUACGCAAAACAUAUCAAGGGCUAUCAAUCACGCUGCUGUAGAAUGGAAAGUCGACAUCAUCACCAUGUCGUUUGGCUUCCCUUUCAAAGUGCGAGAAAUUGAAAACGCAAUUGCAGACGCCAACCGCGGGCGGAGAGACGCAGGUCAAACCGAAGUCGUCUUCUUCGCAGCCGCCAAUAACGACGGAGCAAACUCUGAAGAGCUGUUCCCAGCAAGCCAUGAAACGGUCAUCUCAGUCCGCGGAACGGACCAUACAGGAGCAUUCAUCAACAAGUUCAGCCCCAAGCCCAGACCACAAAAGGCCGGUGGCUUGCUCUACGGUACCCUUGGACAGAAUGUGCCGUACAACAUAGGAGACGCGGGCGUCCAGGCCUCGGGAUGCUCGGUGGCAACGCCAAUCAUGGCGAGUAUUGUGGCAGCAAUUAUGCAGUAUGUCAAGUACACUGGGAGCUUGGGUGAGGAGACGAGAGCAAGGCUGCAGACAAAAGAGGGUGUGGUCCAGCUUCUGGAGCACAUCUCGGAAAAGGAAGAUGCGGGUAAUAGACGCACCCGAAAGAAAUCUUCCCAUGAUGGUGAUGAUGAAGAGCAGUAG